AUGGGCUCGAACAACGAGGGCCGAGUUGGUGUUUAUAGCAGCGCUCAUUUUAUACCUCGGUUCCAACCCGCCGUCCCACCGGUUUUGGAGCGCCUACGACCGAGGAGACGAUCCCGAGCUCCAGUACCACAGAAGAGGUCACAUACCACGUUUCCAUACGAACCUCUGGACCCUGCGAAGCAUGAAAUCAGACUAUUUGAACUCUGGCCAGGAAAGCCCGGUAGCAAGGUGGUCGGGCGCCUCUUCCACGUCUCCUUGGAUGAAAACCCCAGCUUCGAAGCCUUGAGCUACACUUGGGGGCCACCUAAACCAACUUAUAACAUCUCCAUUAAUGGAUACAAGGCAUUUCCUGUGCAGCGGAACCUGAGGAAGGCAUUGGACGAUCUGCGCCAGCCUGACAAGCCUCGUGUUCUCUGGACGGAUGCCAUAUGUAUCAAUCAGGGAAGCAAGGAGGAAAAGGAACACCAGAUCAAGCUGAUGGGGAGCAUCUACUCAAGCGCACAGGUUGUCUGCGCUUGGCUCGAUCACAGCGUGCGGCCAAUGGAUGUCUCGUUUGAUGACCUUGCACGUCUCGGCGAGGAAAUUCAGAUUUCUGACUAUGAUCCAUCCCACUGGUAUCCGGUUGCCGAUAUUUUUCGGAAUCCGUACUGGCGAAGGUUGUGGAUCCAGCAGGAGCUCAUCCUGGCCAGAGAAAUCAACAUAUAUUGCCAGCGGGAUGUCUUUGAUGGGCAGCAGCUCUUAGAGUUCCAGCGAAGAGUUAAUGAUGACUCUUUCUUCAAGAGAUCCGGCGAAGCGGGGAGGCUCGCCAAGUACAUUGACAGGGAAAGGAUGCCUCAUCAGUCGCUGGGUAGUAAUAUCCUGCAAGCGAGGGCCGACAGGCUUCUGGGAAGCCAACUUCACCAUCAACAGAGUAAUGAUGGAGUUACGCAUUAUGAAGUCACCAGAAGAUAUUUAGGCUCAUCACUUCUGCAGCUAUUUCUCCAGACAGCUGGUCUGAACAUGACGGACCCUCGGGAUCGGGUUUACGGUAUCCUGGGGCUUGUUUGGGACACCGACGUGAGCAAGGUGAGGGUCGACGAGGCCGCACCUGUCAUCGAGAUCUACUUGCAGGUUUUCAGUCUGUUCAUAGAGAGACACAAGAGUAUUGACUUUUUAUGUUUCUCUCAUAAGAGGCCGUAUCGUACUGCCUCCCGAGGUGAUGACUUCCCAACCUGGAUGCCGCAUGAUUCUGUCGACUGGAGCGCAGUCAAUGCAAGCCGGGCCUCUGGCUCUAUCACAGCAAGAAGCGCCUCCAUUGACCUGAAAAGUCGAAUUCUCUUUGCCCAAGGUCGCUUGGUAGACACAAUCGAAAAUAUUGGACCAAAGUGGGAAUUUCCCGAGCUACCCAUACUUGAGUGGUAUCGAAACCUGGAAGGGUACCUCCGAAGACUCUGGCCAGAAGAUGCUGGCCACGGACCACUGUACGAAAGGGAGGAUGUAAUUAUGCUUCUACACCCUUGGGUUUCAGAGAAGAGGUAUCGCCAACAUUAUCAACAUCAACAUGAGAGGCCGACGCAUGAGACAACAGUCGCUUUACUCCGUGCCAUUCGCGUAGCAGCGGAGCAGGUUGAUCAGGAUAAGCUGACGCUCUGGGACCUUGCUUCCAGGCCGAGGAGUGACUUUCUGACCAAAUAUCAGUUCAUGUGCAAGGAGCUUUGGAACCUAAUUAGUAUACGCGUGUUCGUCGGGACUAAAUGCCGGCGGCUCGGGACUAUGAAGAAUAACGUUAGGGCAAUAGAGCCGGGGGACCAGGUUUGGAUCCUCCAUGGGUGUCGAAUGCCAGUGGUUCUUCGACCAGUUCCUAGCAAGAAGGCCCGCUUCACAGUCAUCGGACCAGCCAUCUUUCCGGGGCUGAUGCGCGGGGAGGCAAUGUCACAUUGUGAAGCUGAACUGACAAGCACUGUAGUUGAGCUUGAGUAG